CAUCACUGCAGAGUGCACUGUUAUCCGGCAUCGAUUCAGCACAUCACCGUUUACUUUCUCCUUCACUCACGAGCCUCACAGGCUGACUGUUUCCUGCUCAUUUUCUCCCUCUCUGCACAUCAAGAGUGAGCAAGAGUAAGGAAGAGGCUGCGAGUUCUGCAGCUCCAGAAGGAGUGGACGGAAGCAGCCUGCGUAGACGCAGCAUAUUUUUUGGGCCAGACAUCACUGGGCACCAGGCUAGAGGAAGGCCACUAUGUGUGACUGUUUUCAUCUGGCGUUCCCCAACUGGCAUGCACCAGCUGCGGGUGCUGGGCGAAGGCUAAGGGGACCAGAACAAGAGGCAGAGGAUGAUUCAGUAUGUGAGGAAGCUGAGAUUUUAGAGAAGGAAAGACCUCGUCCUCAAGGCUCAUCCCCAGUAGAAGAAUUUCCUGUAGAAAAACAGGCUGAGGAGGAUAUUUCUGUAUACAAAAGUGGAAGCAACAAAAAAAGCAGAAAAGGUGGCUUCGGAUCACUCUUUGACAAGCAUUCAUCUGACAAAAUGAAUGAAACUGAGGAUAUGCAAAGUGAUGAAUGUGAAAUAAUUGUGAAAACAGUGAACGAACCAUGUAUUGAGGGGUUAGUCAUGACUGGUGGAGGGAAAGAAGGCAUCUUCAUCAAAGAAGUGAAACUAGAUUCACCUGCCUCCAAGCAUCUAAGUGUGAAAGAGGGUGAUCGAAUACUAAGUGCUACAGUAUACUUUGAUAAUGUUUCAUAUGAAGAUGCACUUCAAAUUCUUGAGCGUGCUCAGCCAUAUAAAAUGGAAUUUUGUCUAAGACGCAAAGUGGAGCCAACUAUACCAGAAAAUGCUGAAAUUAUACACCCAAAGGAAAAAGACCAGGACCCACCAAUGAUGAGAAGUCAGACAAAGAUUAAAAAACAGCAAGAACGCAUCUCAUGGCCAAAGUUCCCCUCCUUUGGCAAGGGACCCAGAAUGCAAUUCAGGAGAUCUCACAGCACAUCAGAGGCAGAGGAACACAGGAAAUUAGAGUUGAGUCCACCAACAAGUGACACAGAAUCUCCACUGAAAUCUUCAGACGGAAAAGACAAGAAGAAAAAGCAUAAAGUUCAACUAAAAAUCAAAAUGAAGGGCCACAGGAGCAAGUCUGUUGAGGAACCCCAGAGAGAUGAGCAGGUGUUGGUUUGGGAAAAUAAACAAGUUGAGGAUAUAUUAGAAGAAAAGGUUCCUGAAGAACCUGAGGAAAAAAUGCAAGACAUCCCACAGGUGCCUGGUGGAGCUGAAUAUGAGCUUUCUUCCAAGACUGGGAAUGAUGAUCCACUCCAGAAAUUGUCAGGAAUGGAACUGUAUGAGGCUCAUUUAAUUAGUCUGGGGAGCACAUUAAAGACUACCGAUAUUUCAGUUGCUCUUUCAGAAGGAGGAAAAAAUGAGAGUUCAGAAAUGAAAGUCAGAAUUAAUCUGAAGGAGCAGCCAGAUAUUGACACAGAAAACCAAGCAGAAAAUAUUGAUGAUUUGUACACAACUUCAGAUCCAGCUGCCUGUGAAAAUGUUGUAUUAUCACAGGCAGAAGUAGAAAUAUCUCAAAUUGACAAUGACCCUAACAAACAGGGAAUAGACCUUACAGAGAGAAAAAUGCAAUCUGGAAAUGCAGAACCUAGCAUACCAAAUUUAGAUUUUUGUGUAGGAGAAACAAAAAAAUCGCCAGUGAUUAGCAAUGAAAAGCAGUGGAAAGAGAAAUCUGUGUUUGAAAAUGAGAGUUAUGGGAUUCGUACAAGAGGUCCAUUAGCAGACAUGGCCACAUCGAAGGCCCACUUUGUGAACACAAUAAAUGGGCUUCAGUUCAUUUCACCAGAUUAUAAUGAACUAGCACAAGCAGGGGAAAUAUCUGAUGUAAUCAGUGACGCCAAGAAACUAGCUGUUAGUCCUGGUUUUACUGAAGACAAAGAUGAUGCACUUUUGGAAAUUAAGACUUCCAAGUUAUCAUCAGAAACUGAUGAUUUCAUUCAAGCAGAUCAAGAUCAAAGAUCGGCAUCAAAGCAGUUUAAAUUGCCAAAGGUUGAUCAAUCUGGAUUUGUAACUCAUGAACUAAUCAACAUGACAGAGGUGGAAAAAAUUAGGACCCAUUUACCAAAACGAGAAGAUAUUGAAAUUCCAGGAAUGGAGCAUAAAGAACCAAAACUCACUCUUCAAAAACCUGAUAUUAAGUGUCCUAAAAUUGAGAAAGUUAUACAUUUUACAAAGGAGAGACAAAUCCAGAGUCCACAAACAGAGUUCAAUGUUGAGGAUGUUAAGGUGGCUGUUUCCAAAUUCCCUGCUUUUAAACUACCCGAAGGUGAUAUAACCGGAGUUCUUGUGCAAAGAGAAAUUACCAUUAUGGAACAGAAGUCAGAUAAGUCUUCAUUGACUCCAAGGGGAUCUCCACAUAAAAUAUCCAUUACAAGUACAGACAGUAGCCCUUUUAUCACUAAAAGCAAAGUAGAUGAAGAAAAGUCACCUUCUGAUACUGUCGACAAGGACACAGCAAUCAAGAUGGCAAAUGUUGAGCUACCAUAUAUUGAUGAGCAAACAUCAACCACUGUGAUGAAAGUAGACUAUACAAAGCCACAGAUGACAGAUUAUGGAAGAUUGGGUGAUAUCAAUUUCAAACUUCCAAAGCGGGAAGAUAUUGAAAUACCAGGGAUGGAAGCCAUAAAGGAAUCAAAACUCCAGAGCACAUUAAUCGAAGCAGUUAGUAAUGUAGACAUUGACCAAGUUGAAAUGAAAACUAAAAAACAUGGUGACAAAAAAGGCCAUGAAAAGAAACCAAAGAAACCAAAAAUAUCCAUUGAAGGAUUUGACAUCACUAAACCUGAUAUUCAGUCUCCAAUUAUUAGCACGGAAAUACCAAAGGAGCGUUCCUUUAAAAUGGAUAUGGAAGAAACAAAGAUCCAUGAAAAACACAAAUUCAAAACCCCCAAAGUAGAGGAAGUUGAUAAUAUAAGUGUUCCAGUACAGGAAAGCAAGAUUUUAGAAGACAAUAUGGAUAAUAGGAACUUGCCACAAAAAACAGAGACAAAGUUUGGUAAAACAAAAUUUAAAAUUCCCACACUCACAAUUCCAGAAUUUGGGACUGAACUUCCAAGGGAAGAAUAUAUCUCUGCUGUGGAUGUGCAAGGAAAAGCAGCUGAAAAAACCUUGCUGGACCAUAAAUUAAAAGUAUCAGCUGAGCCAGUAUUAUUUGAUACAGAUGGCACUGAUGAAAAUAAAGAUGGACAGUACGGUGGAGUUCAUGAUACUGAGCCUGAAGAGCAAGGAAAGAAGUUCAAACUGCCAAAAUUUGAGAUCAGUUUUCCAGAAGUAAAAACCCCAAAGAUUAUUUGCACAUCAAAGAAAGAUAAUGACAGUUCUGUAUCAGAGGAAAAUGGUGAAGUGCCAGUGGUGCAUUCACCCAAAACUGGACCACCAGAUAGUGAGGAUAUAGUGAGGAUAGACCAACCAGAAGUAGGUUCUGCGAUAACUGAAGUGAAGUUCAAAAGGUCAGGGUUUUCAUUUCCAAGGUUUGGCAUAUCUAAAACAGAAUAUAUUGCACCAGAAGCUGAUGUUAAUGUCACAAAUGUUAAUAUUGCUUUACCAGACGGUCAGAGAGAAAUGGACGAUCCAAACAAAAAUGUUGCAGUAUCAGUAAAAGAUGGUAAACAGAAGGAUGCAACAAAGUUUGUUUCUCCAACAAAGUUCAAAAUUCCUUCAAUCAAGUUUCCAAGUUUUGGCACUAAAGUUCCAAAGGCAGAAAUGGCAGGUCCCGAUGUAAAUGUUGAUGUGAAAGGGCCUGAAAUAAGUGUACCAGAUGCAGAGAUAAAAUUAACUGCUGAGCCAGCUUUAGUAAAUAUUAAAGGGCCUGAUGCAGACAUUGAAAGUAAAUCACUUAGUAGGGAAAAGAAAGAUCUGGAUAUCCACAUUGAGGAACAAGGUAGUAAAUUCAAAUUGCCAAAAUUUGGAAUCAGUCUUCCUGAAAUGAAGGGACCAAAAAUUGAUACAAUUUCAGAUCAGGAAAUUGACAUUUCUUUACCAAAAACAAACAUACAGGUGAAUCUACCUGAUUUUGAAGUCGAAGCUGGAACAACUGAAGUAAAGGCAGACUUCCUAGUUGACCUAGAUAAAGUUCACAUUGCAAAGACAGCAAGAAAGAUUUCUGAUGUGGAUGUUGAUGUUAAAGGACCUGAAAUCAGUCUACCAGAUGUAGAGAUGAAAUUGUCAGCUGAUCCAGUCACAGUGGAUAUUAAAGGACCUGACGCAGACAAAGAAUUUAAAUUGCUUAGUGUGGAAAUUCAAGAUCAGGAUUUCCAAGUUAAGGAGCAAGGGAGUAAAUUCAAAUUGCCAAAAUUUGGAAUUAGUCUUCCUGAAGUAAAAGGGCCAAAAAUAGAUGUAAGUUCAGACAAAGCAGAGAUUGACAUUUCUGUACCAAAAGCAAGUUUAGAUGUACAUCCACCUGAUUUUGAAUUGCAAGGUGUAACAGCCGAAAUAAAAGGCGACCUACCAGAAGUAGAUUCCAAAGAUAUUGAAAUGAAAAUCAAGACACCAGGCUUCUCGUUUCCUAGCAUUGAAUUUAGUAAAUCAGAUGUCAAGUCACCUGAAGUUGAUGUGAGUCUCCCAAAAGUUGAUGUGUCUUUGCCUGAAACAAGAAUGAAAAUUGAACACCCAACUACAGAUGUUACAAUGUCAGUAGAAGAUGCAGAACUCAAAGGUCGAUCAAAGUUUAAAAUGCCUUCAUUCACAUUACCAAAAUUUGGAACUAAAGGUCGAAAGGCCUCAGUACAGGUCGCUGAUGUGGAUAUAGAUGUGAAAGGACCUGAAAUAAGUCUACCAGAUGCAGGGAUGAAAUUUUCAGGUGAUCCAGUCACAGUGGAUAUUAAAGAACCUGACACAGACAAAGAAGUGAAAUCACUUAGUGUGGAAAUAAAAGAUCAGGAUUUCCAAGGAAAGGAGCAAGGGAGUAAAUUCAAAUUGCCAAAAUUUGGAAUUAGUCUUCCUGAAGUGAAAGGGCCAAAAAUAGGUGUAAGUUCUGACAAAGCAGAGAUUGACAUUUCUGCACCAAAAGCAAGUUUAGAUGUACAUCCACCUGAUGUUGAAGUGCAAGGUGUAACAGCUGAAAUAAAAGCUGAUCUGCCAGAAGUAGAUUCUAAAGAUAUUGAAAUGAAAAUGAAGACACCAGGCUUCUCGUUUCCAAGUAUUGGAUUUAGUAAAUCAGAUGUCAAGUCACCUGAAGUUGAUGUGAGUCUCUCAAAAGUUGAUGUGUCUUUGCCUGAAACAAAAAUGGAAAUUGAACACCCAACUACAGAUGUUACAAUGUCAGUAGAAGAUGCAGAACUCAAAGGCCGAUCAAAGUUUGGUUCUCCAACAAAGUUUAAAAUGCCUUCAUUCACAUUACCAAAAUUUGGAGCUAAAGGUCCAAAGGCCACAGUAAAUGUCUCUGAUGUGAAUGUUGAUGUUAAAGGACCUGAAAUAAGUCUACCAGAUGCAGAGUUGAAAUUGUCAGUUGAUCCAGUCACAGUGGAUAUUAAAGGACCUAAUGCAGACAAAGAAAUAAAAUCAAUCAGUAUGGAAAUACAGGAUCAGGAUUUCCAAGUUAAGGAGCAAGGGAGUAAAUUCAAAUUGCCAAAAUUUGGAAUUAGUCUUCCUGAAGUAAAAGGGCCAAAAAUAGAUGUAAGUUCAGACAAAGCAAAGAUUGACAUUUCUAUACCAGAAGCAAGUUUAGAUGUACAUCCACCUGAUGUUGAAGUGCAAGGUGUAACAGCUGAAAUAAGAGCUGAUCUGCCAGAAGUAGAUUCUAAAGAUAUUGAAAUGAAAAUGAAGACACCAGGCUUCUUGUUUCCUAGUAUUGGAUUUAGUAAAUCAGAUGUCAAGUCACCUGAAGUUGACGUGAGUCUUCCAAAAGUUGAUGUGUCUUUGCGUGAAACAAAAAUGGAAAUUGAACACCCAACUACGGAUGUUACAAUGUCAGUUGAAGAUGCAGAACUCAAAGGGCGAUCAAAGUUUGGUUCUCCAACAAAGUUUAAAAUGCCUUCAUUCACAUUACCAAAAUUUGGAAGUAAAGGUCCAAAGGCCACAGUAAAUGUCUCUGACGUGGAUGUUGAUGUUAAAGGACCUAAAAUAUGUCUACCAGAUGCAGAGUUGAAAUUGUCAGUUGAUCCAGUCACAGUGGAUAUUAAAGGACCUGAUGCAGACAAAGAAAUAAAAUCGACCAGUAUGGAAAUACAAGAUCAGGAUUUCCAAGUUAAGGAGCAAGGGAGUAGAUUUAAAUUGCCAAAAUUUGGAAUUAGUCUUCCUGAAGUAAAAGGGCCAAAAAUAGAUGUAAGUUCAGACAAAGCAAAGAUUGACAUUUCUAUACCAGAAGCAAGUUUAGAUGUACAUCCACCUGAUGUUGAAGUGCAAGGUGUAACAGCUGAAAUAAGAGCUGAUCUGCCAGAAGUAGAUUCUAAAGAUAUUGAAAUGAAAAUGAAGACACCAGGCUUCUCGUUUCCUAGUAUUGGAUUUAGUAAAUCAGAUGUCAAGUCACCUGAAGUUGAUGUGAGUCUCCCAAAAGUUGAUGUGUCUUUGCCUGAAACAAAAAUGGAAAUUGAACACCCAACUACAGAUGUUACAAUGUCAGUAGAAGAUGCAGAACUCAAAGGUCGAUCAAAGUUUGGUUCUCCAACAAAGUUUAAAAUGCCUUCAUUUACAUUACCAAAAUUUGGAGCUAAAGGUCCAAAGGCCACAGUACAUGUCUCUGAUGUGAAUGUUGAAGAAAUAAGUCUACCAGAUGCAGAGUUGAAAUUGUCAGUUGAUCCAGUCACAGUGGAUAUUAAAGGGCCUGAUGCAGACAAAGAAAUACAAUCGAUCAGUAUGGAAAUAGAAGAUCAGGAUUUCCAAGUUAAGGAGCAAGGGAGUAAAUUCAAAUUGCCAAAAUUUGGAAUUAGUCUUCCUGAAGUAAAAGGGCCAAAAAUAGAUGUAAGUUUAGACAAAGAAGAGAUUGCCAUUUCUGCACCAAAAGCAAGUAUAGAUGUACAUCCACCUGAUGUUGAAGUGCAAGGUGUAACAGCUGAAAUAAGCGCUGAUCUGCCAGAAGUAGAUUCUAAAGAUAUUGAAAUGAAAAUGAAGACACCAGGCUUCUCGUUUCCUAGUAUUGGAUUUAGCAAAUCAGAUAUCAAGUCACCUGAAGUUGAUGUGAGUCUCCCAAAAGUUGAUGUAUCUUUGCCAGAAGGAAGAAUAGAAAUUGAAAGACCGACAACAGAUGUUACAAUGUCAGUAGAAGAUGCAGAACUCAAAGGUCGAUCAAAGUUUGGUUCUCCAACGAAGUUUAAACUGCCUUCAUUCACUUUGCCAAAAUUUGGAACUAAAGGUCGAAAGGCCUCAGUAGAGGUCGCUGAUGUGGAUGUUGAUGUGAAAGGACCUGAAAUAAGUCUACCAGAUGCAGGGAUGAAAUUGUCAGCUGAGCCAGUCACAGUAGAUAUAAAAGGACUUGAUGCAGACAAAGAAGUUAAAUCACUUAGUGUGGAAAUAAAAGAUCAGGAUUUCCAAGUUAAGGAGCAAGGGAGUAAAUUCAAAUUGCCAAAAUUUGGAAUUAGUCUUCCUGAAGUAAAAGGGCCAAAAAUAGAUGUAAGUUCAGACAAAGCAGAAAUUGACAUUUCUGUACCUGAAGCAAGUUUAGAUGUACAUCCACCUGAUGUUGAAGUGCAAGGUGUAACAGCCGAAAUAAAAGUUGACUUGCCAAAAGUAGAUUCUAAAGAUAUUGAAAUGAAAACGAAGACACCAGGCUUCUCGUUUCCUAGUAUUGGAUUUAGUAAAUCAGACAUCAAAUCACCUGAAGUCGAUGUGAGUCUCCCAAAAGUUGAUGUAUCUUUGCCAGAGGGAAGAAUAGAAAUUGAAAGACCAACAACAGAUGUUACAAUGUCAGUUGAAGAUGCUGAACUCAAAGGACGGUCCAAAUUUGGUUCUCCAACAAAAUUUAAAAUGCCUUCAUUCACAUUACCAAAAUUUGGAAGUAAAGGUCCAAAGGCCACAGUAAAUGUCUCUGAUGUGGAUGUUGAUGUGAAGGGACCUGAAAUAAGUCUACAAGAUGCAGAGAUAAAAUUGUCAGCUGAUCCAGUCACAGUGGAUAUUAAAGGACCUGACACAGACAAAGAAAUGAAAUCGCUUAGUGUGGAAAUUCAAGAUCAGGAUUUCCAUGUUAGGGAGCAAGGGAGUAAAUUCAAAUUGCCAAAAUUUGGAUUUAGUCUUCCUGAAGUAAAAGGGCCAAAAAUAGAUGUAAGUUCAGACAAAGCAGAUAUUGACAUUUCUGUACCAAAGCCAACACUAGAUGUACAUCCACCUGAUGUUGAAGUGCAAGGUGUAACAGCUGAAAUAAGAGCUGAUCUGCCAGAAGUAGAUUCUAAAGAUAUUGAAAUGAAAAUGAAGACACCAGGCUUCUCGUUUCCUAGUAUUGGAUUUAGCAAAUCAGACAUCAAAUCACCUGAAGUUGAUGUGAGUCUCCCAAAAGUUGAUGUGUCUUUGCCGGAAGGAAGAAUAGAAAUUGAAAGACCAACAACAGAUGUUACAAUGUCAGUUGAAGAUGCAGAACUCAAAGGACGGUCCAAAUUUGGUUCUCCAACAAAAUUUAAAAUGCCUUCAUUCACAUUACCAAAAUUUGGAACUAAAGGUCCAAAGGCCACAGUAAAUGUCUCUGAUGUGGAUGUUGAUGUUAAAGGACCUGAAAUAAGUCUACCGGAUGCAGAGUUGAAAUUGUCAGCUGAUCCAGUCACAGUGGAUAUUAAAGGACCUGAUGCAGACAAAGAAAUAAAAUCGCUUAGUGUGGAAAUAAAAGAUCAGGAUUUCCAAGUUAAGGAGCAAGGGAGUAAAUUCAAAUUGCCAAAAUUUGGAUUUAGUCUUCCUGAAGUAAAAGGGCCAAAAAUAGAUGUAAGUUCUGACAAAGCAGAGAUUGACAUUUCUGUUCCAAAUGCAAGUUUCGAUGUACAUCCACCUGAUGUUGAAGUGCAAGGUGUAACAGCGGAAAUCAAAGCUGACCUGCCAGAAGUAGAUUCUAAACAUAUUGAAAUGAAAAUGAAGACACCAGGCAUCUCGUUUCCUAGUAUUGGAUUUAGUAAAUCAGAUGUCAAGUCACCUGAAGUUGAUGUUAAUCUUCCAAAAGUUGAUGUGUCUUUGCCGGAAGGAAAAUUUGAAAUUGAAAGACCAACUACAGAUGUUACAAUGUCAGUUGAAGAUGCAGAACUCAAAGGACGGUCCAAAUUUGGUUCUCCAACAAAAUUUAAACUGCCUUCAUUCACAUUACCAAAAUUUGGAAGUAAAGGUCCAAAGGCCACAGUAAAUGUCUCUGAUGUGGAUGUUGAUGUAAAAGGACCUGAAAUAAGUCUACCAGAUGCAGAGAUAAAAUUGUCAGCUGAUCCAGUCACAGUGGAUUUUAAAGGACCUGAUGCAGACAAAGAAAUAAAAUCGCUUAGUGUGGAAAUAAAAGAUCAGGAUUUCCAAGUUAAGGAGCAAGGGAGUAAAUUCAAAUUGCCAAAAUUUGGAUUUAGUCUUCCUGAAGUAAAAGGGACAAACAUAGAUGUAAGUACAGACAAAGCAAAGAUUGACAUUUCCAUACCAGAAGCAAGGUUAGAUGUACAUCCACCUGAUGUUGAAGUGCAAGGUGUAACAGCUGAAAUAAGAGCUGAUCUGCCAGAAGUAGAUUCUAGAGAUAUUGAAAUGAAAAUGAAGACACCAGGCUUCUCGUUUCCUAGUAUUGGAUUUAGUAAAUCAGACGUUAAAUCACCUGAAGUUGCUUUGAGUCUCCCAAAUGUUGAUGUGUCUUUGCCUGAAGGAAGAAUAGAAAUUGAAAGACCAACUACAGAUGUUAAAAUAUCAAUAGAAGAUGCAGAACAACAGAAUUGGUCAACAUCUGGUUCUCCAACAAAGUUCAAACUGCCUUCAAUUGACUUUCCAAAGUUUGGAACUAAAGGUCCAAAGGUUGCAGUAAAUGCCGCUGAUAUAGAUGUAGAUGUUAAAGGACCUGAAAUAAGUCUACCAGAUUCAAAAAUGAAAUUGUCAGUUAAACCAGUCACAGUGGAUAUUGAAGGUCCUGGUGCAGAUAAAGAAAUUAAAUUGGCCAGUACAGAAAUAAAAGAUCAGGAUUUCCAAGUUAAGGAGCAAGGGAGUAAAUUCAAACUGCCAAAAUUUGGAUUCAGUGGUCCUGAAUUAAAAGGACCAAAAAUAGAUGUAAGUUUAGAGAAGAAAGAAAUGGAUAUUUCAGUACAAAAGGCAAAGGUAGAAGUGCAUCCACCUGAAGUUAAAGUGCAGGGUAUAACAGCCGAAAUAAAAACUGAUCUACCUGAAGUAGAUUCUAAAGAUAUUGAAAUGGAAAUGAAAACACCAGGCUUCUCGUUUCCUAGAAUUGUAUUUAAUAAAUCAGAUGUUACGUCACCUGAUGUUGAUGUGAGUCUCCCAAAUGUUGAUGUGUCUUUGCAUGAAGGAAGUAUGGAAAUGGAACAACCAUCUACAGAUGUUAGAAUGUCAGUGGAAGAUGCAGAACACAAAGGUCGGUCAAAAUUUGGUUCCUCAACAAAGUUUAAAUUGCCUUCAAUUAACUUUCCAAAGUUUGGAACUAAAGGUCCAAAGGCCACAUUAGAUGUUUCUGAUGUGAAUUUGGAUGUUAAAGGACCUAAAAUAGGACUAUCAGAUGCAGAUAUAAAAUUGUCAGCUCAACCAAUCACCAUGGAUGUAAAAGAGCCUGGUACAGACAAAGAAGUGAAAUCGCUCAAUAUGGAAAUAAAAGGUCAGGAUUUCCAAGUUAAGGAGCAAGGGAGUAAAUUCAAACUGCCAAAGUUUGAAAUCAGUGUUCCUGAAAUGAAAGGGCAAAAAAUAGAUGUAAGUUCAGACAAAGCAGAGAUGUACAUAUCCAUACCAAAGGCAAAAGCAGAAGUACAUCCACAUGAUGUUGAAUUGCAAGAUGUCAUGGUUGAAAUAAAAGGUGACCUGCCAGAAGUAGAUUCUAAUGACAUUGAAGUGAAAAUGAAGACACCAGGCUUCUCAUUUCCUAGAAUUGGAUUUAGUAAAUCUGAAGCUAAGGCUACGAAGGUUGAUCCGGGUCUCCAAAAUGUUGACAUGCCUUUGCCUGAAGCAAGUACAGAAAUGAAAAGACCAGAUACAGAUGUUACAAUAUCAGUAGAAGAUGCAGAACACAAAGGUCGGUCAAAGUUUGGUUCUCCAACAAAGUUUAAAAUGCCUUCCAUCAACUUCCCAAAGUUUGGAACUAAAGGACCAAAGGCCACAGUAGAGGUCUCUGAUGUGGAUGUAGAUGUUAAGGGACCUGAAAUAAGUCUACCAGAUGCAGAGCUAAAAUUGCCAGCUGAACCUCUCUUAGUAGUUAUAAAAGGACCAGAUGCUGACAAAGGAAUUAAAUCCCCCAGUAAGGAAGUGAAAGAUCAGGAAGUUAAGGAGCAAGAGAGUAAAUUCAAAUUGCCAAAAUUUGGAAUCAGUGUUCUUGAAGUAAAGGGGCCAAAAGUAGAUGUAAGUUCAGACAAGGCAGAAAUUAAAAUUUCUGUACCAAAGGCAAAAGCAGAGCUAUACCCACCUGAUAUUGAGGUGCAAGGUGUAACAACAGAAUUUCAAGCUGAUCUAGAUUCUAAAGAUAUUGAAGUAAAAAUGAAGAGACCUGGAUUGUCUUUCUCAGACACUAAGGCUCCAGCAGGUGAUGAAGUCUUAAUACCAAAAUUGGAUUCCAAAGUGGGAAAAUGUGAAGAUGAUGAUACAUUUGUAAGUGAUAAUGCAUUAGAUGUCUUUAAACAAAAAUACACACAAGAAGUCAAGACAUCCUCCAAAUUCAUAUUGCCAUCCCUUGGUGAUGUUUUUAGUGGCUUUGAAGUUGAAUUUAAUGUACCAACAUUUGAAGAAAUUGAAGAAGCAAAGAAAAUUUCAGAAGUUGAAAAACAAAAUCAACCACAACCUGAAGACAGUGACUGGUUUAGAUUUCACAAGUUUUCCUCUUCAACCAAAACAUCCAUCGACAAUGAGAAUGUAGCUUCCAAAUUUCCCAGAAAAUCUGAACAAAGUCCACAGAGUGGCAUAAAUGAAAAUGAGUAUAAGAAAAGCUUCACAAGAGAGACUGAUGAGGAGACUGUCAGUCCUACUUUGUCACUGAGUUCAUCUGAUGCUUUUGCUGAUGUAAGUUCUGCACUUACAACUGAACAGAUUGGCCUGUCGAUUACCAGCCCUACAAAAGUCAAAGUCAAAUAUUCAGAACCUACUGUUAAUACGGAAGUAAGCGAUAUACAUGGUGAUAUAAUUACUUCAACAGCCAGGACUGAACUAAUUUCCAUGGAGCCUUAUCAGCCAGAGAAAGUGAACAUUCCAUUCUCUUCUGAAACAUCCUCUUCUUCUGUGGAUACUCUCAAACAAAUAUCAGGACACUUAGUUGUGUCAAAUGUGCAAAGUGUGUCUAAAACACAACAUGCUACAAUCUUAACUAAACUGGAUACACAAAAUACCCAAACAUUGCCUUCAGGAAAAGUAACUGACUCACUUCUAUUAGCUGAGGAAACAGUAAUGCGAAAGGGGCACACAAUAGUGGAGAAGCAUGUUGUGAAAGAAAUCUUUGGUGAUGACAAAGAGAAAAUAUUUGUGACACAGAGAAUACAGGUCUUUGAAGGAGACUCUUCUGAGCCUAUCUCUGAUGACACAGCAUCCUCAAUUCAAAGGUUAAGAGACACUGUACACACUGAAAAAAUCAGAUUUUUUGAGGGGGCAGAGUCAAGCAACACAAUUCUAAUGAGCACUGAAACAUUACUAAGGCAUGCAGAUUCCUCUACAGAUGAGAAUGAGGGGCAAUAAUUUGAGCUGACACUAUAUUAGAACUAGUAUUAUGGCUGUAUAAAUCUGAUAAAUCAGUAUGGUCUCACAAAUCCCACAUUUCUGUAAGCUUGGGUUGCAUUAUUUGGUAAUGUGCUUCAAAAUUAAUUUUUAUUACUUGUAUAACCAAAUGUGUUGUGGAAACCUAAUACAAGUUACAGCUAGUACCAAGACUUAUUUAACAUAAUUCAAUCAAUAUGGUUAUAAUAAUAAUUAGAAUACUAAGUAUAGAAGAUAACAAUUUUAGUACCCAUUACAGUAAAAAUAUUAUCUGUCAACAUUGUUUACGGUGCCCACUUGGUCAUAUACAAGUAAAUGUAUCUGUGUCACAUUUAAAGAUGUUUUUUUUUUCUUGAAAUUGUGCUGUCAUUUAUUUAUUAACUAAAUUAUAAUCAUAACUAAGUUUAAGCAUCAAAGAUUGUGCAGCUCUGUGGAGAGUAUCCAAGUUCAUGUCUUACAUUAUUGUAAAACGCAAUAUAUUAACAUCUAACUGAAUAGCUGUAUUUACAUACAAACAUAUGCUACAAUAAAUAUUGUAAAAAUAAAUUUGUCAUCUAAUUAUUGAAUAACUUUUGAAAACAAGAAGACUUAUUCUCCUAUUCUCUUAACUCUCAGAAUAUGAAACAGAUGUGUUUGCUUUGGUAGAGGACUACAAUUGUACUUGAAAGCCAUAAUUUGGUAUUUAUUUAUUACUUAAAUUAUACUGUCUGACAGUUGAAGUAUUAAUAAAUGCACAGUUAUAAUUUUAAUGAAUUAGCCACACUUGUGGACACCUGAUUAUCACACCUAUGCAGUCGAGUACAUACGCUUUUGAACAGUAACAAAUUCUUUGAUGUUUUGCUUCUGAACACCACAGUGAUGGAUUUGAAAUGAAGAUAUAACAAAUUGCUUUGAAUUCAAAGCGGUCUAAUAAAAAAUAUUGCAUUAAACAUUUUGAAUUUACAGCCAUUUUUACAUAGUCCAACCAUUAACUAAGGCUCAAAAGAAACUGGACAAACAUAAAUGUAAGUUAAGAUAAUUUUUAAUACACAAUGUUUUGCAGUUAAUGGUGGCCUGAGGUUUGGGACUCAUGGACAUCACAAAAUGCUGAUUCUUGAGAAACUUUGCUGGAUCUUCAUUGCAUUAAUCUUGGGUUGCUUAUAUAUCUGUAUUUUGAAGCACUGGGCUAUCAGUUUUGAAACAUUUGACUGAAUUUGGACAGAAAGUAUAACUCUAUACACUUCAAAAUUCACCCUGUUUCUUCUGUCAGUAGUCACACAAUCAAUAAACACCAGUGCUCUAGUUCCAUUGGCAGCCAUGCCAAUUGGCUUUGCCAUGUGUAACAGUUGAUGUGUUAUGGUUUGGAUCUUUCUCCAUGUUUUUCUUUUGAUAUUUAUAUUCGACAGUUUUUUUUUUAAAUGUUCUCUAGCAAUCUAAAAACUGUCUUCCUUUUUUUGGGCAUUAUCAAUUUUUUUUUAUCAUGCAGUAAAUCUAUUUUUUUACAUUGACGUUCAAUUAAAGACUUUCACGAUUACA